UGGUUCGAUGUGACGUCCACGAUCGACUAUGACGUCCGUCCAUCGUGCCGAUGUUGUGUUGCGUACAGACUUUCGCGAGGAGGGAACUUGGUUCGAUGUGACGCAGCAUGAACCCGUGAAAGGACAUGCAUCCAAGAAGAAGGAGCAGCUGCAGGUCGGCACCUACAGGGAUCGGCUGAAGGAAGAGGGCAAGGGUGCAGCUAAGGGGGUACUUGUGGGUGAGCUAGAGGGGCAUGAUGUAAAGCUUGGUUGGGGGGGGGGUAGGGAGGUCCAUCAUCAUCAUCAUCACCAUGGUCUGAAGCACAAAGGAACGGAGGAGGACGUGUCAGCGGGGAAAGAAGCGGCUACGGUUACCAACGCGAAGCAAGACAGGAGGGACAUGGAAGAGCGGCAUGAUAGCAAUGACGAGGACAAGGACGAACGUCGCAAUGACGCUGGUGAUGCAGAUGGAGAUGGAGAUGGUGGGGAGGAGGAGGAGGAGGAGGCGGAGGAGAAGACGAAGAAGAAAGCUAUGGUUGGUCUACAAGGUGCAGAUGACGUGGACGACGAGCGCAACGACGACAUGGGGAUUCGCAUACGGAAGCACAGGCAGGAGGAGAAGGAGAAGCAAGCGAAGAUGGAGAAGAAGAAGAGAAGAAGAGGUGCAAAGUCUAGGAGGGAGAAGUGGUGAAAUGUGCUGGCUUUUGAGGAGGACAGACAUGUAGAAAGUAGGUGCGUAUGUGUGAUGACAAGCACGUCGAGCAAAGGAGAGAGAUCGCGUGGGAAGGGAGGUGGUGUUUGGUCCCCCAAGGGAUUCGUGUACGGAACGGUUCUUGGGACCAGGGAUCGUGGAGUUGUUCUUUGGGCGACUUGUUCUUGUGGACGACCCGUAUUCCGCCCAUACACCGGGCGCGGGAAAAAUCCGAGUGGAAGCGUUUCUAGUCGGACGAAUUUGGGCGCUCCCUCGGUAGCCCGUCCGUUCAUCAUUGUCAUGGCGGGUAAUGCGCCGCGACUUUUUUUUUUUUUAAAGCUCUGCGACUUUUGAAGGUACUGGUGGUUUGACAUUGCAAGAGCACUAACCCCCUUAUGUGCAGUUGGGGGGGGGUGGGGAGCACAAGGGAGGCGGUUUUGUCCUGUGUGAGAAUUCCCACAGGGAACGGUCAUUGGGACCUUGGUCCUGUUCUUUGGGGUACCUGUUAUUGGGAGUUCGAGGCGCUAAUAACACC